GCGGAAUCUUACUCAAAUAGUAAACUGAAGUUUAUUACUGAAAUUUUGUCAGAAUUUUCACCUGUAAAGUUUUACAAGGAAUAUGUGGAGUCUUACAAAUCAAGAAUAGAAGCGGAGGCAGAUUUGUUGUCUCAUCUGAAGGCGUUGAGUAGGGUAGGGAAGAGCAGAGAGAUUCGCAAAGCUGAAAAUUAUAUUGAGUGCUUUGAUGAACUAAUAAACAGUGGAGCAUGUAAUCGAUAUUGGAGUGAUAAGGAUAAUUGGGAUGUACAAUUGGCUAAAAAAUGGGCAUAG